AGCCUGCGUCCUACUCGUCGAAAAUGUUCCUAGGGAGGUUGCAACAAACGAUCAUGUCAUUACCUUAUCAUGGGUGGAUCUUGCUGCUGCUCAAGCGAGUCUCACCGUUUGCUCUCAGCGCUUUUGAGUGGAACAAGGACCUGCAUACCCUCCUGUUUCUCCUUUCUGUCUUGCCUAAACUUUAUUCGCAGUCUCCAUAUCCCUACCUCCCGUCCAAUCCUACCACUCAGCACAUCCUUCAUCGCGCCAAUCAUGCAGAACAGCUGAGAAGUCAAAUCUAUCAGACUUGAAGGGUGGCUCAUCUUCUCAACAGGAUGCAUGUUCCAGGCAGACAACCGAUUAGGGGGUCGUGGAGGCAGAUGACCUGUAUCCUACUCGUCGAAGAUAUUCCCUGAGUCCUGAUCUGAUAUUCGUCAUUGCGGUAGUAAUCCAU